GCAAGAUUACUAAAUUCGUUGUUUUAUUAAUAGCUGGCUAGCUAAUAAUAAUAUCUAGGUAGCUAGCUAGCGAUUCGCCUGUUGUCUGUAGUACGUAUGGGAGGCUAGCUAACUGUAAGUGGACACUAUUUUCAAGACAAGCGUGUACAAGUUAUUUUAGCCAUCAAGCACUGGCCUCGAGUAUCUGACUAGGCCGACAAUGGUUUGUGAAUUCCAGCUAACCUCGUUAGCCAGUAACGCCAGUACUAACCAGGCUCUCUGGAUUGUUUACAUCCAGCGCCAGUUUGCACACUAGCUGGGCUGCAGUUGUGUUCUUGUGGAUGUGUGGUGGACCGUAAGCAGGGCGGCCACUUGUGAACCUCACCUAUUUACCUCGCCUCUUUGUCUUAUACCUCCUCCCUGACACCGAUUUUACCCUGUCUUUUAUCAUAAAUAUUUUUAAAUGUGUGAAAGCAUGUUGCACAGAGACAGACCCCCUAUAUUUCUACCUCUUCGCAGUCUGUGCUCAUCAGUGUGUUACAGUAGUCUUUUAGCUGAAGGUUUUAAAUGGGGGUGAAUCUACUCUAUGCCUGGCAUAGUACGGUACUUGAAUUCCCACCCGUUUGUAAAUUAGCCCUGAUGAGCUGUGCAGGUUUCAUUAAUUAACCUUAAGUGAUAAACCAAAUAGCAGCCAGCUAGUUGGCCAAUCAGCCCCCCCCCCCCACGCCCCCCUGGUAGAAUGAACGGCUCUCUUUUAACCCCACCUAGCCCGCGGGCAGCCAACUCCUCCCCGCUGCCCCUUUCACCCUCCCCUUCUCCGUCCCCUCCAUCCCCCUCCCUGUUGCCCAUGUUCCCUCGGCCACCCCCCCUGCCCCCUCCCUUGGCCCAGCCUCACCCAACCUCGCUGUCGGACACCCCCACACCCUCCCCCUGCCUGAGCUGGACGGAGUUCUGUGAGCUGCAUGCCCGCAUGGCGGCCGGGGACUUUGCCCGCCACUUCCGGGCGUUCCUCCUGGAGAACCCUCACUACUCCCCCGACUCUGCUGCUGCCUUCUGUCGCCGCUUCACUGACCGCUUUGUCCGACAUUUCCAGAGCGAACUGGAGGGAGUGGCAGGGGCGCCGGGUACAGCACCUGGGAUGGAGGCGGGGAGCUGGGCCCCCCAAUCAGACGCCACCUCCCUGGAAGAGGAGGCGGUCUCUCCCCCUCCCGUCACCGAGGGAGCCUCCUACCACUCCUGUGCCCCAGCCAACCCGGUGAGAGCCCUGCCCAAGCCUGCCUCCACACGACUGGUGUUGGAAACCAGAAGUGGGGACCAAUUUCAAGACUCCUAUGCUGUCACAACAGUCCUCCCCCCAUCCUCCUCCUCCUCCUGCUCCUCCUCAGUGGGAGGAGGAAACAACGGCAGGCGGGAAGAGAGGGGUGCCCCAGUUACUGUUAAACACUUCACUGGCGUCGGCACAGGCAACGGAGAAACGACAGCCGAGGAAGAGGAGGAAAGCUGGGCGGGCGUAACGGUCAUGGAGGAGGAGGUGGAGCCAGAUGAGGGGGAGGCGGAGCUGGAAGUUUGCUUGGACAAUGAAGACCCCUCCCAUAUGCCCCAAACGCCUGCCUCCCCUUGCUCCGACACAACUCCUCCCCGCUCCAAGGGUAAUGGCACCCCGGCCUCGGCAGGAAGCCAGUCCAAAACCAAACUGAAGAAGCGCUUCUCUCUGCGGAGUGUUGGGCGCAGCGUGCGGGGUAGUGUCCGGGGCAUCCUGCACUGGCGCAGCUCGUCCAGCGACUCCCCCCAGAGCUCCUCCCAGCUGCCCUCCAGCUACAGCUACACAAUGGGGGUCCAGGACGCUGCCACCGGCUCUUCCUCCAAGAGGAACUCUGGCACUCAGCCCCCUACACCCACCUCCUCCAUGCCUGUCUCCCUCUCCCUGCCCCUUUCCCUCCCCCACUCCUCCUCCUCCUCCCUGCCCCCGUCUUCCUCCAGUAGUGCCACCUCCCUCUCGCUAUCGGAGGCACGGGACCGCCGGCGGAGCAAUGGUGAGGGGGGAGAGAAGGAGAAGUGGAGCCACCGGCUGGAGAAGCUGCGUCUGUCUCGCUCCCCGCCCCCCGUUCUCUCUUCGGCACCCACUUCGGCCGUGGUGUCACCUUCUUCCGGCCUGCCCCCCAGCAGCAGCAGCAGCGCCACCCCGAGGAAGACGGGCCGGCUGGUGAGGGAGGGAGGAGUCAGCGUCAGCUCCUCCAUGCCAGAUGAGUUUGCCGGGAGCCACGGUGGUUUCCCUGGCUUUUCCUUCGGCCUGCUGCACCACGGCACACAAGAACACAACAACGCUGGUACUGGCUUAAACAACACCUCGUCCACCGCUAACGCCGCUCAGACAGCCGCAGUGCAGCCUCUCGUCCCCGGGGGCACUGUGGGCUGGAGGGGUGGUCGGUGGCACAAGUGUCGACUGGUCCUGAGGGAGAGGGACAAGGAGGGGGAGCGGGGCGAGGAGUACUAUCUGGAGUUCUUCAUCCCGCCUAAAUCCUCCAAGCCCAGGCUGACUAUCCCAUGCUGCUCUAUUGUGGAUGUGAGGAGCACCACAGCCCUGGAGGUGCCUGACAAGGAGAACACCUUCCUCCUCCAGUUGGAGGGACAGGUGCAGUAUGUGAUUGAGACGCGAGACGCUGUGCAGAUGAGAGCCUGGUUGAGUGACAUCAGGAACGGUAUAUGUAUCAGUGAACAGGAGGACAUAGAAGCUGUGUGUGGGGGACCCAUGGACAUCAGUGGAAUGCCAGAAUUCAGUGACCGCCUCUCUCAAGUGUGUUAUGGAGGUGUGGGCGGCUCCUCCCCGCUGAUGGACCCUCUCCCCCCAGAGUUACCGCCCCGCGCCCCUCUGGACGAAUCAGACGGACGUGUGGGUGGAGCCGGCCUGGGCACACCAUUUGCGGAGACACCAGAUGCCACAGGUUCCUUCCUGUUCUCAGACGUGGCGGAGGCGGUGGAGCACCCUCUGAGCGAGUGCCAGUGGUUCCACGGGACGUUGUCGCGCCUGAAGGCGGCCCAGCUGGUGCUGGCAGGGGGUACGGCCAGCCACGGCGUCUUCCUUGUGCGCCAGAGCGAGACACGCCGCGGGGAGUACGUCCUCACCUUCAACUUCCAGGGCAAGGCCAAGCACCUGCGUCUGUCUCUGAACGAGGACGGCCAGUGCCGGGUGCAGCACCUGUGGUUCCAGUCCAUAUUCGACAUGCUGGAGCACUUCCGCGUCCACCCAAUCCCCCUGGAGUCUGGGGGUGCCUCGGACGUCACUCUCAUCAGCUUUGUGGGCGCCACCGCCGUCCGGCAGCCAGGCCGGGACAGGGCAGGCAGCCGGCCCACAGUCUGUGAUGUCAUCACCACGCGCCACCCUGACUCUCCAUCAACCCCCAUCUCUGACUGUGUACUUGACCAGCAGACCCCGUAGCCCCCCCCAGCCUCCUCCUCCACCCCUGCCCCCCGGCCGGCCGCCACCCCCAACCCCACCCCAGGAACGAGGGAACGAGACCGAGCUGGGAGGAGGUGGAGGAGGAACU